ACUGCCGGGCCCGGGUGCUGGUGCUGCCGCUGGAGGAGGCUGUGUGGCGGCGGCGGGCUCGGAGCUGCGGGCAGCGGCGCGGAGCGGCUCUCGCCGAGAGAGGCUGGGCGGGCAGCGGCCGUGCGGCGGCCGGAAGACUGUGCCAAAGAAGACUUUUGCUCAGAUGACAUCACAUUUGGACUACUAAUGCUAUCCACCCACUCUACAAGGCACAAUGCAUUUCUAGGUAAUUUAAAAAAUGCAGAGUGAAGCCCAUUCUUUCAUUUGCAAAAAUAUUCUGGAAAAUUACUUGGAUGUUGUAUAUUGAAUGUCAGCAAAACUAGGUAGUUGUAUUGGAGGAAAAAUUGAAGGAUCCACUGUCAGACACCAGAAUUUUAGAAAAAAGUGAUACAGAUACACUGUACAGUGAAUACAUUUUAUUUUAAGAACAGUAAGCAAGGCAGAUAGAAACAGGAUAAAGAUGGGAGAAAAAAACCCCUGAUUUCAUGUAGCUUUAAAAUGUGGAAAGGAGCACGGUUCAAGGGAAGAAGCUGAAUAACUAAAAUGUAAUGGUGUAAAGAGACUGGAGGAUUGUGAUCACUUAUGCUGGUGUUGAGUUUUUUUAUGGAAAAAGUGCAUUUGUAAGUUCAGAAUUUAAUGCUUUUCUGCAGAGGAGGAUACAUCUAACUCCACAUUGUUCUUCAAAGGAACCAGGUUUCAUCCCUAAACCUCACACUUUAACAAGUCCCAAAGUGUAAAAGGCAAACGUACAAAUGUCUACCACAAGACUAAAGUGUGAUAUGUUAUGUUUUUUACCAUAAGCACCCAUAAAAUGAGCUCCAUUGCAGACAGAAAUGAUGGAAGCAUUUUUGAUGGGCUGGUGGAAGAAGAUGACAAAGAUAAAGCGAAAAGAGUGUCUAGAAACAAAUCUGAAAAGAAACGUCGAGAUCAGUUCAAUGUACUUAUCAAAGAGCUGGGUUCCAUGCUUCCAGGUAAUGCUCGGAAGAUGGAUAAAUCCACUGUACUGCAGAAGAGCAUUGACUUUUUACGGAAGCACAAAGAAAUUACUGCACAGUCAGAUGCCAGUGAGAUUCGACAGGACUGGAAACCAACAUUCCUUAGUAAUGAAGAGUUCACACAGUUAAUGUUAGAGGCUCUUGAUGGUUUUUUUUUAGCAAUUAUGACAGAUGGAAAUAUAAUAUAUGUGUCUGAAAGUAUAACUCCCUUACUUGAACAUUUGCCAUCUGAUCUUGUGGAUCAGAGUGUAUUUAAUUUUAUCCCAGAGGGGGAACAUUCAGAAAUUUAUAAAAUAUUGUCUUCUCAUCUGCUGGAAAGUGAUUCAUUGACACCAGAAUACUUAAAAUCAAAAAAUCAACUAGAAUUCUGUUGCCAUAUGCUGCGAGGAACAAUAGAUCCAAAAGAGCAACCUACAUACGAAUAUGUAAAAUUUAUAGGAAAUUUCAAGUGUUUGAAUAAUGUUCCCAACUCGGCGCACAAUGGUUUUGAAGGAACUAUUCAGCGAUCGCACCGGCCUUCAUAUGAAGACAAAGUUUGCUUUGUAGCCACAGUUAGAUUAGCUACACCUCAGUUUAUCAAGGAAAUGUGCACUGUUGAAGAACCCAAUGAAGAGUUCACAUCUAGACAUAGCUUAGAAUGGAAGUUCCUAUUCUUGGAUCACAGGGCACCUCCGAUAAUAGGUUAUCUUCCAUUUGAAGUUUUGGGAACAUCAGGCUAUGAUUAUUAUCAUGUGGAUGAUCUAGAUAAUCUGGCAAAAUGUCACGAGCAUUUAAUGCAAUAUGGGAAAGGGAAGUCAUGUUACUACAGAUUCCUUACAAAGGGACAACAAUGGAUUUGGCUGCAAACACAUUACUAUAUCACAUAUCAUCAGUGGAACUCCAGGCCAGAGUUUAUUGUCUGUACACACACUGUUGUAAGUUAUGCAGAAGUUAGAGCUGAAAGACGACGAGAACUUGGUAUUGAGGAGUCUCUUCCAGAGAUAACAGGAGAUAAAAGUCAGGACUCUGGGUCUGACAAUCACAUAAACACAGUGAGUCUCAAAGAAGCACUGGAAAGGUUUGAUACCAGUCCCACACCUUCUGCUUCCUCCAGGAGUUCAAGAAAAUCUUCACAUACUGCAGUAUCAGAUCAUUCAUCAACACCAACUAAAAUGACAGUGGACACUAGCACUCCUCCAAGGCAAAGCUUAUCUGGUCAUGAAAAGACUGCACAAAGAAGAUCAUCUCUGAGUAGUCAGUCUUUAAGCUCCCAGUCUCUUGGACAACCAGUAGCACAGCCAACAAUGUCUCAGCCUUCAACUUUACAGCUCCAGUCUGGUAUGUCCCAGCCUGUGUUUCAGUUUUCAGCUCAGUUAGGAGCUAUGCAGCACCUGAAGGACCAGCUAGAGCAAAGAACACGCAUGAUAGAGGCAAAUAUUCAUCGGCAGCAGGAAGAGUUGCGCAAGAUUCAAGAGCAGCUUCAAAUUGUUCACGGUCAAGGGCUCCAGAUGUUCUUGCAGCAGUCAGCUUCUGGACUCAACUUUGGUUCUGUGCAGCUUGCUUCUGGAAAUUCUUCGAAUGUUCAGCAGCUUACGCCGAUAAACAUGCAAGGUCAAGUUGUUCAGACUAAUCAGACUCAAAGCGGGAUGAGCACAGGCCACAUAAGUGCUCCACACAUGAUACAGCAACAGUCCUUGCAGAGUACUGCAACACAGCAUAAUCAACAAAAUGUACUUAGUGGACACACUCAACAGUCUUCUCUUGCCAGUCAGUCACAGAACACAGUCUCGGCACCUUUGUAUAACACUAUGGUGAUUUCUCAGCCAACAACAGGAAAUGUGGUCCAGGUUCCUUCUAGCUUACCACAGAACAAUAACCAGAAUGCUGCUGCAGUGACCACUUUUACACAGGAUAGACAAAUCAGAUUUUCUCAAGGUCAGCAACUUGUAACAAAACUUGUCACAGCCCCAGUAGCAUGUGGAGCGGUAAUGGUACCAAGUACUAUGUUUAUGGGACAGGUGGUGACAGCGUACCCCACUUUUGCUGCCCAACAGCAGCAGCCACAGACUUUGUCCAUAACACAGCAGCAGCAGCAAAGUCAGCAAGACCAGCAGCAGCAGCAGCUCACCACAGCUCAGCAACCAGCUCAGCAGCAGCUGACCCAGCACCCCCAACAGUUCCUACAGACAUCCAGGUUACUUCAUGGAAAUCAGUCAGCUCAGCUUAUCCUCUCUGCUGCUUUCCCACUACAGCAAAGCACUUUCACUCAGUCCCACCACCAGCAGCAUCAGUCGCAGCAGCAGCAGCAACUUGUGCGACACCGAACUGACAAGAUGACUGAUCCUUCCAAAGUUCAGCCACAGUAGUGUGGGGCUCUGCCUCUUUUUGAAGCAAACUACAAGGAGGGGGCUGCUCCACAAACAGUUGCACUGAGGCUACCGAGGUAGCAGCACAAAGGCUUUCUAACACCACAGUGUUGAGAUCUAACUUCUGGAAUCUGUUAGGAAAAGCCAGAAGAUGAUGAUGGGGACGCGGCCAACUUUGAUAGUUGCCCCAGUUUCUGUGUUCUAAAGGAUUUGCUGCCAUGUGUUAAUUUGUCCAGGUGAAAUCACAAAAUGUGACUGAAAUGCUGAAAAUAUUGGUAUUUUUAUCAAUCCUGUACAUUUUUAAAGUAUUGAAAUGGACAUGGAGCAAUUGUUUGAAUUAGCAGAAAAAAAUGCCAGGAAUAUAGUCCAAAAACCAUCUAAUUUUUUUCAGAUGAUUAUGGGACAGUAAAUAUUUUGAAAAUGUUGUGUGAAAUCCAGUUCUCUGUUGUACAGAUGCUGUAAAAUAUUGUGUAUAUGUCUGCAUAAAAGGAGAAAGAGCAAAAUAUUUUAUAUGAUGCAUGAAAAUGUAAUCUGUUAUUUGUAGGUUUGAAUAUGUUUCCCUAAAUUCUCACGCCAUACUCAGACUAAUGUUUUUCUCUGUUCUACCCUUUUGUUUACAACAUGAUGCAUCAUUGUUUUCACCCUUAAUGUGGGCACAAGUCUCUUGUUUGUGCUUUGUCUGUGAUGUCAAGGUUUGUUCGGUGAGGUAUAGUGUGUUGGUUAGUUGACUUCUCAAGGUUAAAUUAUUGAUGAAGCUGUUUGAACUGGUGAAUCAUGCAUCAGGGUUCAGGACAUUCAGAUUCAUAAAUAUCAUCCAUCAUUUCAUAAUUAAUUCAUCGUUUUGUUUGAAAAAUAGGAAUUUGCACUGCUUUCUUGCGGAUGGUUUGGAGUUUUAUUCCCCAAAGCUAUCUUUUGAUAUAGUUCAUAGUUGGAAAUAUUUAUGUAAAAGGUUUAAAAAAAAAAAUGACAGUAAUUUUCAAGAAUGUUUCAGUUAUAGGAGUAAUUUGCACAAAAAUAUAUUUACAUUUAAUAACCUUUUGGGCACUUUUUAACCACUUUCUCUGUGGUGAGAAUUGUAACUUGUUAAAAUAUGUUGGAAUCUUUUUAUUCUCCUUCAAAAAUUAGUCAGAACUAAUUCAGGGUCAUUUUAACAACAACAAAACCCAUAGUGCCUUGAUUUUAAUUCAGGUGAUAAUGUUGAACAUCUUGAAUUACAAUGUCUUGAAUCUGUAACCAUUUUCAAUUUUGAAGUCUUAGUACAUUGUCAACCAAACUUGUUUAUCUACUUCAUAGAUCUUUCUGUAUUGUGUUGAUUUUAAUAAUGGUCUGAGUUGAGACCAUGAGCAUUUUUGAGUGGUACUCCCCGUCAAACACUAGCCAGAAACACAGGAGUCUCUAAAAUCUCAAACCUUGAAAGUAAUACUCUUAAAAGAUAAAAAAUCUAGAAGUACAGAACUCGUUUUUGCAGGAGGAAGAAUAGUAAGCUGAUUUAUUUUGUUGCUUGUUGUUUUCUGGCUUUGUUUUGUUCUGUUUUGGUUUGUUUUUUCAAUAAUUUUCAUAGCAUUUAAAGUGUGUUUUGGGGGAGAUCAUGAUUGCAUUUAACACUACCAGGCUAUUGAUUUAGGAGAUAUCACUGAACUAAGACUUCAGAAGGCAACUUCACUUUAUCAAGAAAAUAAAAAGUUCCAACAGAUGUGCUAUUUUAAGUAAAUGUUCAGUAGGUUUUUAUGGUAACUGGUUUGUGGAAGCUAGAACUUCAGAGGAGAUUGAAUAAAGGCUGACAGAUCUGAUAAUUAAAACCAAAACCAGAAAAAAACAGUUAAAACUAGUACUAGAAAGAGAAAGCUAGGUUAAUCUGGAAUACUGAGGAGGAGCUGAAUGAAUGUAACCAAACGGUGAUGGACUAUUUUGUACUAUGAAGCAGUUUGAUUGUAUUACUGGAUGAACCAAACCCGCAGGAAGGUCAUACCAGUUUAGCUUAGCACUGGGUACAGUUGGUUACGCUGUGAGGCUAGCCUUUGGCUCUGCACGUGCCCCACCAUUAGAUCGUUGUUAUUCCCCGGUUAUAAAGCAAGAGUUUGGCACCAAAAAGCACGGUAGUGAACAAGGAAGGAGAGUGUGAGAAACACGGUACCAAAGAGAAUCAGAUUGCUUUCUGCUCCAAGAAGCGAAGCCUAUCGCGACCGGGAGCAAGGACCAGAUGCCAAUACCAAACAUAGCAAGGAACACUUCCCCUGUUUAAAGGGAUUUCUGGCAUUCUCUGGGCUGGAGUAAUCAUCAGAAACCUGUUUCUGUAAAGCUCUCUCUAAGUAAAUCCUGCCUGGCUCUCCUGUCCCUACCACGCCAUUCCACCAGUGUCUAAUUUAAGCUGCGUUGACGAGAGGUCUGUGCUAUCAGUGCUUUUGCUUAAUGGAAAAUAGGUUAGAUAAAAAAAAUUUUUAACCAGUUACAAUAAUAAUACAGCACUAAAAAAGAAAACUGGGAGAGCUUUAAUAGUGCUGCUAGAACUCUUGAAUAGUGGUAAAAUAGGUUUAUUAAGCUAUUAUACUGAGAAUUACAGGAAAUAGAGAUACCAGCCAGACGGUUAAUGAUGCAGCUUUUUAUAUAAAGCUUCGUUUAAACGUCUCUUCCCAUUCCCCCCUUCCCAGAUACUCUGGUGUGCUGCUAUAGGUCUGUUGGUAACAAGGCUAAACUAGGUGAGAGAGAAAUUAGAUGAUGACAAUAGCAUGGCUGCUGAAAGAGAACUAUAGAAACGUACGCUUUGAUCAAGAAGCUUUUUGUAACCUCAGAGAGAGGUCAUUCAAUUACAGAACUACCAGCUAGUAGAGAGAGUACAGAAGAUGGGGAAGUUCAAAGAAACUGGAAAAAUAUAGCAUGCAUUUGAAAACUCCUGCCACAAAUCAGGCAAACUUUUUACAAAAGCGACUAUGUAGAACUUGGUCCCAGAUUCUGUGCAAGUAUGCAGAUGCUUUGUUUCACAGCUAGUGACUAAAAAGUGUAUAUUUAAAGGGUCUGCAGCUUCCCCUGUUGCUGAAUCAAUUGCUGAACUGUCCUUGAGUUUUAGUGGGAAGAGGACCAGGCUAUUGCCUCUUUCUUAAUCAGCCUUUUGCUUCUGCCCGACUCAUUUACUACAGUCAUAGACUUAUGUGCAACACCCUAAUAAAUAGCACGAUAACGAACGCUGUGAUGCUGCAGGUUCUGGAGCGUAAACGUUAAAGAAUGACUCUGACAGAAGGGAAGGAGUCUGUUAAGGAGAGGGUGGUAUUUAUGGAGAAAUGGGCUGGUGGUACAUAAUGGAGUGAAAAAGAUGGCAUAGCUGCAUGGAGUUCAGGAGACAGACAUUGUUUGCCUGCAGUGGGUGAGGAUUUGAAGAAAAGCUUCUAGGAUAACUUCAGAGAAAAAGAAUAUAGCUAUUUUUAUAUUAUAUUUAAUAUAUAUUAUAUUUGUAUAUAAAUAUGAAAGGAUUCUAGUAGGAGCUCUCCAUAUGCCUUCCAUUUCAUCUAGAAGGUUUACCUUCUGCACUACGGUUCCAGUGUGUCACCACCUUCUGUGGGCAUCUUGCCUACUGCCAAACACCAAAAUUAGUAACCCAGUAUCCUUACAAGAGAUAGGUUUCAUUUCAGCUUUAUCUAAAAAUGAAUAAAAUAAAGCUACAUCAGGCAGUUUUUCACAGAAAAAGAAAUUCUCUUAAGACUCAAAUAGCACUUUCUCUUUUUUUUUUUUUUUUUUUUGAGUAAUAACAAGCACUUUACUGAAAAGACUAUUUGAAAACAGUUUAUUUCUUUAGUCAGUGAAACUGUUAAAAAGGAGGAGGCAUCGAGGAAUAACAUGCAUAAAACUGUCAAGAGAAACAUUUCUGGAAAAUGUUUCUUUAAUAUGGUGAUCCUUUGAGGCUCAAAGUGCAAGAUUAAAAAGGCUUCUAAAACCGUUUGGCUUUGUGUUUUAUAUGGCCAGGGGAAGGGAUUAAGGAUGACAGCUUCCUUGGAAGGAGACUUUUUAAGUUGCACAGCUGCCUAUGAGAGAGAAUCAUCUGGAGGCUUAUUUGCCUGCUCAAUAAUUCUAAGUGUCCCUUAGGAUUAUAAUUUGUGUGAAGAUGUUCUGAAGGUUUAAAGAUGUGGCCUUUUUCAAAUGUUGAAGUCGAUUCAAGAACCAUUUAUAUUUUCAGAGAUUUAACCCAGGUAUUGUUAUGAGUGUUUUAAAAGUUGUGGCAUCGGGAGAUGUCAAACAUGUCGGAUUCAUAAUAUUUAAAAUUAUUAUCAAAAUGAGAUGUACAGUCAGAGGGCUGGAAAAAUGGUUAUUUUGGUUAAAAGGGAAAAGAGACUAGUUUUAAUAAUUAACCUUUUAUUUUUUUACUUAUCCCUGGUGGAAAAAGUUGAAGAGAAUUAAAUGAAUUGGAUUUAAAGACGACGUAUUUAAACAAAUCAUAGUAGAUGAGACAACUGUGAGAGGACAUUUGAAAUUGUCGUGGUUGUCCAUGAGACUGGAUAGUUGCUUUUUCACUAUCAUGAUUUUUAACACUACAUUCCUUGUCUUUUUUUUUUUUCUUUUUUUUUAAAAAACAGGUGAUUUUAAGCUCUGCUAUGCUUCAUGCUGUGUCAUCUGCAUGAAUUUUGCCAGCAUAAUAUGCUAUAUUCAAAGAAAUUGUACCUAAAUAAAAAGGAAGGGGGGGGGAAGGGGAAACAGCCAACCAAACACAAAAUCACUGUGUCUGAACAAAAUACUGUAUGGCCUAAUACAGAGACCCCAGCUAAGACUGAGAGAUGCUGCAUUAAUAGACAAUCAAUGGGUAAUUAUUUAUGAAACACUUUUGGGAAUGGUCUUAGAGAUGUUACUGCUUUGAAAGCAGUUGGUGAGUUGUCUUUUUUAAACAAGAAAGGUAAAAAUUAUUUAUUUUCAAAUAUAUCAGAUUGAAUUUUGAGUUUUUAAGCAGUGUUGAUUUCACAGUGUCUUGGGUUUCAGUUUUGUAUUUUUUUAACUGGCAUUAGAUUUGUAUACAUAAAACAAGCAAAAACCCUAGUGCCGCUCAUAUUGACGUCAGGAAAUGUAGAUACAGUUCCCUGGUGUUCAUGUGACCAUUACUAACUGUCAAUUUUUUAACUGAAUAAAUGUAACUCAUUUAAAA